CUCAGUUCUUGAUGUUUUGUCCUGUGUAAGAAAUUCCAUGUUCGAUUAUGCUCAGAACAUGACAUGGUCGGUGACUUGUAGAGACAAUCCUGGAGCUUUUUUGCGACUAGAUGCACCAAGCUUCUGAACUUGUCAAAGACAAACGUGAAUAUCGAAAGGAGAUAGACAAAGUCACGGAGUCUUUCCCAGGAUUUAUCAAGCCCGGAACCAAAGGAGUCCCAGCCAGGCCGUAUCACGUCGCUACUGGCAUAUUCUUGGAGUGCAUGCGGGCUACCAGAACACAUGCCAAGUCGCCAAGAGUCAAACAAAAGAAAACCACGCUCAAGUCGGGAUUUCUCUCCUUCAGACAGGGCCAAUGGUCUGUCCAAUUCUGGAAGCCACUUGGAAGCUGGAUCCCGCCUGAGCCUGAUCCUUGCUUCCAACAGGGACUUGUUCCAUCCUUCAACUGCAAACUCCGUAAUGAGAUGGUCUGAUUCUUCUCUCUGAC